CGGAUUGCUCAAUCAUCCCCUUAAUAUCAGCGGGUGCAAGGGUGCAGGCACAAGCGAAACCGGGUUUGCAAAGUAGCAAAUCAGCCUCAGCACGUAACCGAGCAUCUGCGAUCCUGCACAGCCGCUGCAGUCAUGGGGCUCCGCUCUUUGCUACUGCUGGCCUCUCUUGUAGCCGUUUGCUCUUCGCUGAUCAGAAUCCCAUUGAAGAAGUUCCCUUCCAUGCGCAGCAUCUAUACUGAAUAUGGGAACAAUAUCCAAGACCUGAUUGAGAUGGGGGAGGUGCUAAAGUACAAAUAUGGGGCUCCAGGUGCAGAUACUCCUACCCCAGAAGCUUUGAAGAACUACAUGGAUGCUCAGUAUUAUGGAGAGAUUGGCAUUGGGACACCACCACAGAAGUUUACUGUAGUCUUUGACACUGGAUCAUCCAACCUCUGGGUGCCCUCAGUGCACUGUCAUUUGUUGGACAUUGCUUGCUUGCUACAUCACAAAUAUGAUUCUUCCAAAUCCAGCACGUAUAAGAAAAAUGGAACUGACUUUGCCAUCCAUUAUGGUACUGGAAGCCUUUCAGGAUAUCUCAGCGAAGAUACUGUAACGAUUGGUGACUUAUGCGUUAAAGGUCAGUCAUUUGGUGAAGCUGUCAGCCAACCUGGCGUCACAUUCAUUGCUGCAAAGUUUGAUGGCAUCUUGGGCAUGGCAUUCCCCAAGAUCUCUGUGAAGAAAGCUACACCUUUCUUUGACAAUGCGAUGAACCAAAGACUGUUGGAAAGGAACAUAUUUUCCUUUUACCUCAACAGGGACCCAAAAUCAACACCUGGAGGAGAAUUGCUUCUAGGAGGAACAGACCCACAGUAUUAUAGUGGAGACUUCAACUAUGUGAAUGUUACUCGCAAAGCUUAUUGGCAGGUCCACAUGGACAAGGUUGAUAUUGGCAAUGGCCUGACUGUGUGCGAAGACGGCUGUGAAGCUAUUGUAGACACUGGAACCUCUCUCAUUACUGGGCCAACUGAUGAGAUUCAGAAGCUGCAGAAAGCUAUUGGCGCCAAGCCAAUAAUUAAAGGACAGUACAUGCUUCCUUGUGACAAGCUGUCUUCCCUUCCCACGGUGAACCUUGUCCUAGGCGGCAACUCCUAUUCCCUAACUCCAGAUCAAUAUGCCUUAAAGGUUACUGUUCAAGGAGAAACUCUUUGCCUGAGUGGAUUUUCAGGCUUGGAUGUCCCACCACCUGGUGGCCCCCUUUGGAUCCUUGGAGAUGUAUUCAUUGGCCCGUAUUACACAGUGUUUGACCGAGAUAAUGACUCAGUUGGGUUUGCAAAGUGUAGCGGAAAAGUGUAAAAGCGACUGAACCCCACCUCCCACAAUCUCUACAGAAUGCACACACAGGCACCUCCUUUAAGCCCACUGGAGUUCUGUAUCGUGAUUUAUUGCUAUUAACAACAAAAAUAAAGGAAAAAAGGACACAUUUCAAAACCUAAAUGAGAUUUUAAAAUUAUAUGACUUUUUAACAAUCACUUGCCCUCUCCUGCAUAACAGGCUAUAGAGAAGUUGUAAUAAAAUCACUGUAACUAAGGAGCCCAAGAAUUGUUCGUUCUUCUUCCAGCAUCAGUUUACUAAAAGGCUGCCCUUUUACAUAUUUGUGCGUCAAGGCACACAAGGCUUACACUUAAUUUAGACUAGUACAGUUUGCCGUUAUCUUCCUCUCCUUUUGUAAAAGUUUCUAAUUUUUUUUCCUGAUCUCCCCUCUUGUUUAAAGAAAUGAAAAUGUUUCUUGAAUAAGUUUCAGAGGUUGUUCCAGAGAAGUACUAGAUUACAUUUGCCUUUGUUUGAUGGUCCCAAAUGUACUAUGUUAAAAAUGAGGAAACGUUUUAUGUGUCUUAAUUGCAUCAUGAAGUGCGGGAUAUAGCAGAAAGGUCCUGAGUUGCAAAUUUUACCUAGCAAGCUGUGGGGGGAGGGGGCAGUGGCAGAUUGUACCCUAUAGACAAUCCUCAAGAAGUAAUAAUAGUUGGGAAUCCCCUUCUAUAGGAUAUGGCUGGGUUCUCCAGAUAAUAUUUUGUACUUUCACCUGGCAAAACUGGUUCAUGUGAUACAGUCUCAAAGUGUAGUUGUAAACGCCUUCCUCUUUAAAUUUGUGCAAAACCUUUGUACUUCCCAUCUUUUUUCAAAGACGCAAAGAAGUGACUUAGUGGUUUUUUUCCCCCACCGGAAAGUAUUUCAAGCAAUGAUACUUGUGAGGUCUUCUGGAUCAAAGUAGUUUUAGAGAAACAUGAAAAUUCCAAUAUGUAUCCCUUUAUAAGACAUUGUUUUUUUGGUCUUUACUUAAAAAUCUUUCCUCCCAUACAUGUCCUCACAGUUUUACUGCACAGAAGAAGAAUUCUUGUAGAUGACACUCUAAAAUGUACGCUUUGACAAAUUUGGUUGGGGAACCCAAUCACCUUAAUGGCUGUACACAAGCAAACUUUUGCUACCUUAAGAGAAGUCUACUGCUCUGUUUUGGGUUCUGCUUUUGACUUGACAAGAAAAACGCAAGAGGUAGCCAUUCAGGGCAGGGAAGGAAAAUAUUAAUGGUAGAAAGCUAAAUUAUUUGGAAUUUGUUAAUAUUACCUUGAUGUAUAAGGAGACUUUUAGUGCCUGUGAGGUUCAUUUGGGGGUUCGGUUAGUUUUCUGGAUCCAGUUCCAAGUUUGCAAAGUAGCAUGAACAGCAGACAGCACAAAACCUGAGAGUAAAAUGAACAAAAGACUGUUUAUAAUAGAAAGUCAAGAGCACUUCACUGAAGAUGCUCUCUUGAAAUAGCUGAGAAUCUGGUAUAUGCUGAGCGAUACAACAGAAAAGCUUGUAAACUUGAGGGAAUAGAAGACCUUUUGGGAACUUGAACAAAUGUUUAUGGAUAUGCUGCAGGUCCUAGAAAGUUCUUCCCUACUGGGUUGAAUAUUUUGGAUGCUGAUAUAAGCAGUAAGGUGCCCCCCCCCCCCCAGAAGGCUAUGCAGAAGAUGUAGGAUGAGAUUUUGGGGGGAUAGUGUGCUUGGAACUUGCCAACAAGUCUCUGGUAUUCAAUCCAGAAUGCAUGAUAACUAUAAGUAUCCUAUGAACAUGGGCAUUUGUGGUGGGUUCUGAGUUGCCCUUGGCAUACUAAAUGGACUUCUCUAGGUUCUGUGCUUAUUUCCUACUUUACAGUGGUCUUCAAUCCUGAGUUAGUAGCUCAAAGUAGUCUUGAGAAGCAUCUCACUGCAAAAUAUCAAAUUCAAAUAUUCAUCCUCAUUCAAAUUGAUCAAGGCUCUUUAAAAGAGUAGUUAUAAAUAAAAGGUCUGAAAUAACUAUUUUGUUUAGGGGACCAUUCAUAUGGAGAGUAGGUUUUCUUCUGGGAUCGAAUGCAACCUUCAUUUGUCAGACAGAAUUUUGGCUGUUCAUACUAUGAAUUGUAGCCUCCUGACUGCACCUGUUGAGACCAGUCUAGCCUCUCUCUGUAAGGUCUCUUAAGUAGGGAGAUCUGUUUGUUGGGAUGGUGUGAAUGAAGCCACUGACCUGCAGUUUGCCACCAUGCACCUGUUGUUCGACUUGCUCUUUUUAAACAUGUGAAAUGCCAUUGUGACUCUCCAUUUAUAUAACAAGCUGUCCAAGCAAUAUUCUCAGUUUGUCAUAGAAAAAAUAAAAGUUUUUUCUGCCCCA